ACGAGAGAUGAGCCAAAGUUCCCAAAACGAGGGCUGCCCGCCCACACAUCAGUGGUGGAAGCAUCCUGACGCGGGGAUGCCCCCCGUGCUGACCUCCCGCACGCCUCUCUUCAAGCCUCACAUCUGGAAGCCCGAAAUCGAGACCGCCGGGGGGCCGAGGUGGAGGGUCCACCUGGACGUGGCGCACUUUGCCGUCCGGGAGAUUUCCGUCUGCAUCCAAGAUGGUUUUCUUCAGGUCGUGGGGAGACACGAGGAGCGUCCCGACCGGGAUGGAUUCGUCUCCAGAUGUUUCACGAGGAAAUACAAGCUCCCGGCGGCGGCGGACGAACGCAAAAUGGUGUCGUCGCUCUCGGCCGACGGCAUCCUGACCGCCGAAGUUCCCAUUCCGGCUGACUCGGUUCCUGCCGCGAGCAUCGUCAUUCCGAUAAAGGUGGAGGUCCGCGGCGCAGUAGAAGAAGAAGAAGAAGAAAGCCUGGACGGCAGCCCGCCGGCAGAAGCUUCACAGGAAGAGGAAUGCGCCGGACCCCCGUGCCAAGACCGGGAGGACCGCGACCGGGAGGACGAGGAGAGCCAGCGAGAGCCGGCCGCCGAGUCGCGGCCUUCACGUGUCGACGCCGCGGAGAAUCUCGGGAACGAUUGGCAGGCGCCGGCCCGAGAGGAGGAAGAGAUCCAGAUGCCGGCGCCGGCCGACUCCGCCGAGCAGGAGCAGGAACGGUCAUUAAGCCUUAAUUAGAGCAUGCGCCGGUAGAGCUACUUCCACAGCGGCGCCUCGA